UGUGUUCUAUGGGAUAUAGAGUUCCAAGAAUUAGACAAAAGUCACGAGGGUCCUUGGCCCUGGAUAUGAUUGAUAAAAUCACUCAUAAUUCCAUAGAAUUUGAUGAAUUUGAUGAAUUGCUCAAUUGAAGACACUAUGAGAUAUAGAGCAUGGAAACACCAGAAGCCGAUUUGGCGAGUGAAAGUAGUUCUUCUCUUGUUAGUUUUUUCUCUAAGCAAUAGUGGGAUAUCACUCAAUAUGCGAUCCAGCGUGAUUUAGGGGGAAAAACCAGGAAAAACACGUUUUUUAUUUCUUCAUAUGUGUUGUCGAAUAUAGCACUCCAGUUUUUCUCAGUUCAAUGGUCGAAGGUUAGUGAUAUUGCCAUGGCAACAGCGCCAUCUUGGUAUUUAAAUUUAUAACUAUAAAAUUUCGAUAGAUUUCGCCUCCAUUUUAGUGGUUUUUAAUUCUUCUUGGUCGAGCAAAAUGUAGUGCAAACCAUGGAGAGGCCGCUCUAUGAGCUCGAUUACGAGUUAGUUUCUCCUAGUGCAUUUCAUGCCAAGUUUGCUCAGCUUACUGCCCCGACAAGUCUCUUUAAAAACUUGGGGCAAAGAGACUUCAAAGCUGCAGCUGAAAAUGCAGAUGCAGAAAAGAAAAUCCGCCCAAUUACCCCAGUUGAUGAAGCAAUCAGGGAACCAGUGAAGUCGUCCAACGAGCUUUCAAAUGUUUUAAGAAAACGGAUAAAAGCGAAGGAUCGUCCUGUCUCUGGUCUGACCGCCAGCCAGCAACAAGGACUGAUUGGUGUCAUAAUCUCAGAGCUCGGCAGUUCUUGGUCCGAAGUGAAGCGCUUAGCUCCAGAUCCAUUUCUGAGCGAGGAACAGAACCAGGAAGUUGAAAGGUUUUUAGCCAUUGAACUGGUCAAUAUUGCAGAGGAUAUAUAUUUCACCACUUUAGACAAAGCAAAAGAGCUGAAUGAUCGUGGGGUAUUCUCAACCUAUGCAAACAACAGUCGUUUGAAAGCCCAGCUUGCCUUGGAAGCCAAUCAAAGCUUCGAUGUUCGUAAGAUUCACAAGAGAUUGGCCUCGGGUUUCAAACAGACCUUGGCACUCGCACAGAACAGCCGUGUUUCUGCCAGCGAUUCCGAUAACACGCUGUAUAAACCACGGUUGGUGAAAUUAGGCUCAAAGAAAACCGGGAGAAAGAAACGAGCCGGUACCCUCGCAACACUCGCGAUUCCCCCACGACUGACGAGAGAACAAAGAGAUAGAAAAAGACGAGACAGUGACAUUGCUCAGCUUGAGACUCAACUGCCUGAGAUUUCUGUUCGAAAAGUCGAAGAAACCUUCGGAAUCCCUUCGGAUAUUUACAAGAAGCGUGAAUAUGGAAAAGAAGAGAUGGUUGCUGAAUCUGACGACGAAACAGAAGGAGGGCAAGAAAUGACCAGACCGCUGUCAGGGCUUGAAAAACGUAGUCGGUCGCUGCCAAACCUGCUGGUUGGUGAGUCCUUGCUGGAAGAGCUCGGAAUUACAACAGACCAUGGAAGAAGACUUGGUCGCAAGGACAGCGUGGACAAUAUGGGGAUAAAUCUUGCCUGUAGUGGAAUGGUGGCGUCAAUUGAUAGCGCAAAUACCCUGGGGGAAGUAGGAAAGCAGGAUUCAAACUAUAUGGCCGCCGAUUUAAAGAGAUUGGUCUCAGAUGAAACUCUUCCUAAGCUUCCGAAGUCAGAACAGGAGGAAGAUCUACCUCCGUUAUUGCAGGCGUUGAGUUAUCAAAGUACAAGAAAGAAGAAAGUUUUGCAGCCAAGUUAUGAAGCAGAUCGUGAUGAGAGCGUAGAGGAGAUAGCCUCGACUGUCGCUUCGUCUGUCGCCUGUCACGAGGAUAUUGAUGACGACGAUGUUGUUCAUCCCGCGCCGCCUGUUCAACCCGCAACUGUCUCGACCAGAUUACCAGAUAAGAGUGUCGUCCGCACGUCUGAUGUUCGUGUCUCAAACAGAGUGAACAAGUCUGAAAUGACAUUAAAAACUUUCCCCACGGUCUAUAAUGACCUUAUUGGAGAGAUCGAUGCGGCCACUGUGAAGUGGUUGGACAGAAAUCUCUAUAUUGGUGACGAGAUUCGCGAGGUUUAUGAAGAGGUCAUCAAAACCGUUGGGAAGAGUCAUCUUCUGUUUGACCAGGAUCCUUACGUUGAGAAUCACGCUACGGGGGUGGACCUCUCCCCUGCUGUGCAUUCCACGUUGCUGACUGGCAGUAAGGAUAAUCGUAUCAUUAAUACCUCGCUGCAUCGCGAUGUUCCACCCCCCUGGGGGAGACACGAGAUGGAUGAAUGGAAGAACAGUCCAAAGUUUGGUGAUCUUGGUCGACAAGACAUAUUAAACAUUGGUUCCCAGGGUCUUCACGACUACACGGGCAAAGCAAGCAAGUCCUACAACUCGUGGUUGGCCUGGUGGAGAUCUACCAUUAAUAUUGAUGAUUACUUCAAGUACUUAUCAACACAGGAUAAUGAUUAUUUAUCAUUAACUUAUCAUCUCUACGAGUCUGACGACAGUGAUUCUGAGAAUGACGGAGACAAAGAUCGUAAACCUAACGCAAGGGAACUCGAAUUAAAAAGGGCAAGGGAAGAGAAAAUAGCUGAAAUAAGAAAGCUCAAAGAAAAUUACAACGUUGGUUAUUGGAACGCCAAUAGCGUUUUGCUUGGAGGCCUUGGAAAAUAUCCUGAUAUCACUGAUGAGGAACUCGGCAUCAACGCUGAACCGAGCAUAGACAGUCCUUCCCGGGAUGAGGACAAUAGCCUUACACCAUCCAGUCCUCUUACAAAUAAAGAUAGAUCAGAGGCGGGCACGCCGUUGAGUUUACAGGACCGAUUGGAACGUGUUUGGACCUUGCUGCGCAUGCCCGACAAUCUGAAGCUGGACAUGGCGAUAAAAUAUAGCUCGGAAACUUACAUGGAAUCUUUAGAAGAGGUUUUACAGCACUGGGAGACAGCCGUUAAAUUAAUUCUGGCCAGAGAAGCUUUGAUAAUGAAAUUAGAAGAUUUCGAGAGAUUGGCUUCGGACCCAAACCGUUUCUUCGAGAGAGGAAGCCCUGGUUCGGCCAGUUCUCGGAUCAAAGAGGCGAAAACUAGAAAGCAAUUACAUCAUAAAUUGGACAUGAUUGAAGUUCGAAUUAAGAAAAUCGUUGUUACGAUUCAUGAGACGUUUUCCGAUGUUGUCACGUUCCAGGGUCGUCCUUAUCUUGAGAAAAUGUCCAGUGAUCGUACAGAGAUGUUGUAUUGGCUUCAACAGGAACGGCGAGAGACCGCUCUCGAUAUGGCGAAGAAAACUGUGGAACUUAGGAUGUUGGAAAUCCCUACGACUGUAAAUAACGUUGUGUGAAUGUGUCAUUGUCUUUAAAAUAUU